AUGUGGACUGCGAUGGAAAUUCGGCUGGUCUUUGGGAUAGACCAGCCAUCUUUGUCGGCUUCCGACGCCUAUAAAAGAAGUAGUCCGGUCGUCACCUUGCACCCUUCUCCAUCCUCCAUCAGCUAUUGUUUUCACCCAUCAGCAUCCAAAACCUUCAGAACUAUCUUCAGUCCACCAAAACCAAUCAAAAUCAUCUCCAUACGCGACAUUCACAUUUUUUCUUUUGGAUACCCAAAGAUGUUGUUCAAUACCCCAAAGAGCCUGCUUCUCCUCGACGAAUGUGAUUCCAUCACUGAUUCAGAAGGCAGCCAGAACCCGCGAACCAGACUUCUUCUUUCCACCCCACUCGAGCCUUCAGUUUUGCGCACCGCCACAGUCAAGUCAAUCAUCCAGCGCAACCCCUACCGACACGCAAAGGUUGAGCUUGGCUUAUACCUUCUGCUUGACUCGGACCCAAUGCUCGACGGUGAUCUGCCUUCUGCAGGACACCAAUCCUCUUCCUCUACCGGAAACUACUGGCUCGAUUGCGCGGAGUCAGAAACAUCAAUCUCAUUCCAUGAUCCCAAUGAAAUACCUUCCCACCUUUACAACCCUCCGCGUCUGCCCAUGAUGCAAUUGCUCAAGAACUGGUGGCGAUACCGUUAA